UGACUCUAAUGCAUACAUAAUCUCUUUUCCAUAUGGACAGUGUCUGGAGUGGCAAACUGCCACCUGCUCUCCUCAAAAUUGUUCUGGAUUGAGAACCUGUGGACAGUGUUUGGAGCAGCCAGGAUGUGGCUGGUGCAAUGAUCCUAGUAAUACAGGAAGAGGCUAUUGCAUCGAAGGAUCUUCUCGGGGACCAGUGAAGCUUGUUGGAAUGCACAGCAAUGAGAUGGUUCUUGACACAAGUCUCUGUCCCAAAGAAAAGUAUUAUGAGUGGUCCUUUAUCCAAUGCCCAGCUUGUACAUGCAGUGGCCAUGCAAAUAUUUGUCAUAUGCACACAGGAAAAUGUUUCUGCACAACUAAAGGAAUAAAAGGGGAUCAAUGCCAAUUAUGUGACUCUGAAAAUCGCUAUGUUGGUAAUCCACUUAGAGGAACAUGUUAUUAUUGCAUUCUCACAACACAAUACAAUCAUGGACCUUGUGCAGUUUUUUGUCACCUUCUUCAGUUGCUUCUUAUCCUUAUUGCUGGUGGCUGCUGUGGUGUGGAAGAUCAAACAAACGUGCUGGGCUUCUCGACGGAGAGAGCAACUGCUUCGAGAACGACAGCAGAUGGCCAGCCGUCCCUUUGCUUCUGUUGAUGUAGCUCUGGAAGUAGGAGCCGAACAGACAGACUUCCUGCGCGGGCCGUUAGAGGGAGCACCCAAGCCGAUAGCCAUUGAACCAUGUGCUGGGAACAGAGCUGCUGUACUGACGGUGUUUCUCUGUCUCCCACGGGGAUCGUCGGGCGCCCCACCGCCGGGGCAGUCAGGUACGAUGAACGCCAGAGGCUGCCAGCAAUUAAGCAAACAGUAA